GUGAGCAAGACUGAAGCAGACUGGGCUAUAUGCAUACAAGCCUACGAAGAACAAUUGGAUGCCGCUGUGCAGCGACCGAAGGAACAGUUCGACAUGUUCCUCGUCCUGUCAGCCCUUUUGGCUGGGGCAUCUGCGGCCCAAUUGACCAUGCUCUAUCCCUCACUCUUUCCGUCGACGGAUCCUUCUUUGGUGCUCAUGGCUGGAAUCUCGCAACAGCUUGAGAGCUACGCGAUCAACUCUGCCUUCGUGAACUCCACGCAACCCCCAAUCUCUUUGGCGCAGGCCACGGGCGCGGCCACACCCGCCUUCGACGCGUCCUACUACAUUGGGCUGCUGGCAGCCUGUUGCGCCUUCAUCGCCUUCAUCUCAAGCCUGGCUGUCCUGUGGCUUUGCAUCACGUCAUAUUUGCUUUGGGUGAGUAUGGGUGACCAGCGGUCUCAACAGCGUUGUUAUACGCGAUCGCGUCCAUACCAUAGCAUUGCAUGGCCAUACAUGGAGGUUUUCCGAACCUUCUUCAACGUCACAAUUCCCCUUGCGGCCCUCAUUUCGGUUUCGUCCCUUGCCAUCUCCCUGCAUCUCUUCAUGAUCGGCCUAGCCGUUCAAUUCUUUCAACAAACGGCUUCGUUCAUCAUCAUCGUCCUCUGCAUCUUCCUUUCCGCAACUCCCUUCACCUGGAUGGUCUACCGCGUGAUUGUGGUUAAUAUCCACACAGUCCUGAUGCGGGAGUUACACUACAACGAGAACCAUCUGGGUUUUCAGAUCGGUCAUUUGCUCACUGACGCCACGAGGGUGCGAUAUCGUCAUUGGGCCGCAACGGAGUCUUUUCGAGACGCGGUCAAAGCCGCCAUCCUAUUGGCCGCUUUCUUCAGUGCAAACGGAGAAGGAAUUCUCCGGACGAGCGGUCGGGUGUUCUUUCGAGAGCUGCCUGCGUGGCUCAUGAUCAAACUUUGCCGACAAGCCUGGCUCCGAUGCCGCAAGGACCUGCUGGAUUACCAUGGACCUUCGAUCUCUACCAAACUACCACUCGCCCUGCACUACCUGGAUCUUGAGAUACUUGAGACCAUUGAGGUAUUUAGGUUGGAAGUCCAAUCCCCGGAACCUGCGACGCACCAUCCGUCGUCUGCGCCCUCGAACUUCUUCCCUCUUCUGGUCCUUCUCGGUGGAUACGUUCCUUAUAUCGGUACCCCUUCAAUGUUCUCUGCGAUGUUCUCUCUCAAGUCUUACAAAAGCGAGGUACACGACACCGAGCCAGCGAUCCGUGCCAAGCAAGUGACGAGCUUGCUUCGGCGAACGCUCCAGAUCGGACCCGUGUGGCCCCAUACCCAGCAAAUUGACCCCCUCUUCUUUCCGCUCAUGGCCACAUAUGCCACGCGAGGAGAACCCUAUGGACGUCUCGCAUUAGCGAUUCUGCAGCUCUCCCUUGAGCUUCCCCAGCUCGAGCAGUACGGUUUCCCAUCUGGAAGUGUCGAAGUCAUGAAGGCGCUCAAUGCGGUUGCCUUCGACCAAUGUGUCCAAGAAGCGUCAUCAACUGACGGGCUGAAGACAUUCUUCGUCUGCUGCAGGCUGGCGCUCAACGUGCUGAGUGCCUCGAGGAAAUGCCCGGACGUUCUUGGCGACCUUCUGGACCAGGCGGAGAGCAUGUACAAAUCCCUGGAGUUCACGCUCGUAGCGCCACUUUGGAGGCAGAGGCAAUGGGCCCGCGAUCCCGCUGCGCUUCAGGAAUGCGGCAAGAUUCUGGUCGUGUUGAAGAAUAAGUCCAAGCCACCCGGAUCUCCCACUGCCAGUCUCAUCACCCCGUCGCUGCUCGAUGCAUUCAGGGGCCUCUGUACCGCGAUGGCAGAAGAUGGGCUAACGAAUAGCACCCCGUACCUCGACUGGCAUGCAUUCGUGAUGGACAUCGUCGGCGAGCUGGAGGACAUCUCAGCUACCAGACAGGCAGCGUCGCUUAGCACAUCGCACAGCUCAACUCUAGCAACCCUGGUGGCCUCAACCUGAAUACGACUCGCCCCGCGUACAUUGUGGAAUGCCCUCUGGUCUGCACGCUCCAAUGCUCCUUCUCAAUUGCCUGGAGUGGCGGACGUACCCUCCGCAUAUCUGUAGCACUUGUCAUGGAAUGCAACUGAACUCACAUCU